AUGGCUUCCCUACGAAUGAAAGAGCUGGAACAGUACCUCCAGCAGUUGGACGUCUUCGAUAAUCCAAAAGUCCUCCUGGAACAGUACCCCACCAGCGCCCACAUCGGUGCCCACCUGUUGUACACAGCUCAAACACAAUUCGACGACAUCGAGGGAAAGGGAAUUGCCGAUUUAGGGGCUGGAUGUGGGGUGCUGUCCCUGGGAGCUAGAAUGCUAGGGGCGAGUUACGUCGUGGGCUUUGAGAUCGACCCCGACGCCCUGGAGAUACUCACCAGGAACUGUGAGGACAUUGAACUGAGUGUGGAGGCUGUUCAGUGUGAUAUUCUCCAGUGUUUGCCAGGGAGAUUUGAAAAGGCUUUUGACACUGUCAUCAUGAAUCCCCCCUUUGGAACAAAGAAAAAUGCUGGAAUUGACAUGAAAUUCCUGGAGAUAGCCACAAAAUUAGCCAAAACCACUGUCUACUCACUCCACAAAACAUCAACGCGAAAUCAUGUUAUGAAAAUGGGACAAAAGCUGGGGGUUAAAGGCACUGUUAUCGCUGAACUUCGUUAUGAUCUACCUCAAGUGUACAAAUUCCACAAAAAAUCGUCUGUUGACAUUCAGGUGGACUUCAUCAGGUUCUCCAUCGAUAAAUAA